AUGGCAUGUGGAUUAGCCUUAAAAAGGCCUCACGAGUAUGAUUCCUACAUGAGUGAGGAUGGUUACAGUAGCGAAGCAAAGCGAGCAAGACAGACUGCUCACUGUUCCCCUUUCCGAGCUCAGAUUGGAACUAUAGCUGCGAGCCUUCCUUCUACAAGUAGUAAUUUUGCUCAAAAAAUUCAAAAUCAAGAAUCCAACAAUCCUUUUUCAUCUAUUACGGGUUGUCAGUUAACCUCUUCUCAGCUUGGGGCUUAUUUAAGAUCAGAGAUUAAGAACCUAAAGAGGAGAAAACUUAUCCCUAGAAAAACUGUAACAGAUGAUAUUACUGACGAAAACAAGCCAAACAAGGAGUAUAGAGCCCCUGAAUCACCAAGCCACUCUGGAUCUGAUUCAGAUGGCGAAACAUCGACAUCCAAACAAUCUAACAACAUUUUAGUUACACUUGCUGACAAGCCACAAUUCAGUUUGAAGCAGGUUCAACUGAUCUGCGAGCGUCUCCUUAAGGAACAAGAAAUGCGUCUACGUCAGGAAUACGAGUCUGCUCUUUGUCAAAAAUUAGACGAGCAACAUCAACAAUAUGUUAACUUUGCUACUGAGCAGCUUGCUGCUCAUCAUAAGGAGAAAACGCGUGAGGAGUUGUCAUAUCUUUCUUGA